CCUUUCUCUCUCGUUUGUUUAGGAUCUACAGUGAACGCACACAAGGCCCAACUUUUUCAAUUUUUUGUUUGAAGAUUUCUCUUUGUGCUGAAUGUUCCGACUAGACUCUUGAAAGUUGAAAAUGAUUACGGUCCAAUGAUUUACUACCUCUCCUUUUUCCGCAAAUUUUUAUCCCAUGUUUUCUAGUUGUCCUUGGUAAUUUCAUCUCGUACUUUUCUGCUCAUCAUUAAUUUGCACCUACAUUGCAGAGAGGUGGGAGGUGGGGUAUGGGUCCAGUAACUGCUAUUUUAUCAUUUCUCUGGCUAUAGCAAUUAUCAUCAUCUCAAAGGCUCACCCCAAAGCACAAGGCACUUUGUGUUCUUUAUUUUUGGUUCUCUUUUUUUGUUUUGGGUGCACAUCAUAUUAAUUGCUACUGCCGUGGUUGGCUGGGGUCCUGGGGAUUUAAUGGUUUUAGUUUUCAAUUGUUUUAUUCACGUAUUUUAAGAGGGGCCAAGGGUUGCUUUCAAAAAAUUUCUUUGCCUGCUCCACGAUGCUAUGCGAGAAAAUUCGAUGGUGAUCCUUCCUGAUUGCCCUAAUCGAUUCCAUGUUUCUGGUGGGUUAUUUUGACAUUGAUCCAAUUUUUUGACAUUGCGUACAUUUUCUCCCCUUCACGUGUGACUCUGUUUGGAACGGGUCUAAUUUGCAGGAUGUCAUUGCUCAGUAUUCGGGUAAAUUCUCAAAAUUUUUUGGCAAAUCUACCAGUGGCAGCACCAGAAAGCUUAAAGUAAUAUUCCAUGACUUUCCAGGUGGUGCAGAAGGUUUUGAGCUCAUGUUAAGAUUCUGUUAUAGUAAUGGAACAACAGACAUAACUCCUGCCAAUUCGAUCCUCGCUCAUUGUGCUGCUGAGUUCAUGGAAAUGAAAGACUCUGUGCCUGGGGGUUCUAAUUUACUGGCGCGAACUGAAAAAUCACUCCAGGAGACUAGCUAUUGGACAUGGUCUGACCUUUUGAUUGCCUUGAAGCAGUGCCAGAGUAUAGGGUUAGUGUCAGAUUCUUCUUUGAUGCUAGAAAAAUGCUUGGAUUCACUUGUUGGGAGGCUGGUUUUAGCCUGCGAGGCAAGUCCAUGCCCAUCUACUUGUUCUCCAGACAGUUUUGGGUUUCGGUUUUCAUGCGACUCUAAAAGCACUGAGAGUAUCAAGACAAAUUUCUCUCAUUCAACGUGGUGGUUUGAAGAUCUAGUAUUUUUGAGCCCCUUGAACAUUGAAAAGUUGGUGCAAUCAAUGCUUGUGAGAAAAUUGGACCAAGCUGUGAUAAGUAGGUUUUUGUUGUUUUAUCAAAAGGCCAAGUUUUCCACUGCUACAACUGAUGAGAAGCGCAAGAUCAUAGAAAUGGUGAUAGAUAUGCAUUGCAAUAUGGAUCAGAGUAUUGUGUCCUGCAAGACCUUGUUUGGGAUUCUCCGACUCACAUUAGGUUUGAACAUAAACAAGUGCAGAAGGAAUAAGUUAGAGAAUAUGAUUGGUUCCCAGUUGGAUCAGGCGACCUUGGACAAUUUGCUCGUUCCAUCUCCUUAUGGAAUAAGCUACUUAUAUGAUGUGAAUCUUGUUCUGAGAUUUCUGAAAGCAUUCUUACGUCAAGGGGGAACCUGUCUAGUAACUCCCAUUCGAAUGAAGAAGGUAGCUGCCUUGGUAGAUUUGUAUGCAGCAGAAAUAGCCCCCGAUCCUUGUUUGAAACCUUCCAAGUUCAUGGCCCUUGCCACAGCACUGCCUGAUUAUGCAAGAGACUCAUAUGAUGAACUCUACCAUGCAAUGGACAUGUAUCUAAAGGUUCACGCUGGAUUGUGUGAAGAAGAGAGGAUGAGAAUAAGUUGUGGUCUAAAUUACGAGAAGCUUUCAGUUGAGGCUUGCCUACACCUUUCUCAAAACACAAUUUUCCCCUCAAAUUCUGCUGUUCAGGCUCUCAUUUCUCAGCAGUCCAAGCUCAACAACUUGCUCCAUGGUACACCAACAACUCCAUGUUCUACUUCUUUCACUGAUUCGCCUUGUAGUUCUAGUGAUGCUGGUAAAAAGGGAAGGAAGGACAAAGCUGGCGAACAGGUUGUUCUGUAUUCUGGGAAAUUUGAUGUUUCAGCAGAUAAUGAGAAACUGGGAGCACGUUUGCAAGGAAUGCAGUGGAGAGUUAUGGAAUUGGAGAAAAUCUGUAGGAAGAUGCAAACCCAGAUGGCAAAAAUAUCAAAAUCAAGAGCAUCAGGGAAUAGUUAUGCAAGAUCCUUGCCCAAGCUCUGUUCGUGACAGAGACUUUUGGGAUUGAAUUAUUUUUCUAACUUAAAUGUCAAAUUUGUACAGCAGAGGAAUGAGGCUUGUGUUUGUUAAUGCAUCUUUCCUGCACAACUGAAGUUGAUUGGGUGUGUGUGUGUGUAUAUAUAUAUAUUUAUGAUCAUGUUUACUUAGGGAAUCUCUAAUGAUUGUACAGUCACGAAAUAAGAGUCAAGUUUGCAAGAAUAUCAUGUUAGCAACAGUUAAUUCUCAA